UUCGCACAUGCGCGCUUCCAUAUCGACUGCACCGGUCUCCCCGGUCGUGAGGGAAAGGGAUGCGCGCACACGCUCUAACGGACCUCGUGGAUACAGCUAUUUAGUUACAUUUCUUUAGCUUUUUUGUACUGUGUGGGUUUUUGCCAAUCCCUUAUUUCAUGACGCACUGUAAACGCUUCGGUGUAUGUACUGUAACGUUGCGUUGUUUUAGCCGCAUUGCAAUUUAAUUAAAUCAUUGGCAGUCGCCGGCAUCUCACCGGAUGUAUCAAAGGAGAGUGUAAUCUAAAUAAGGAGAGUUAUCCCCCAGCUGGAAGCAUGGAGACAGUCACUCACUGGAUAAACGACACGGUAGAUUUCUACAAAUGGAGUCUUACUAUAGCAGACAAACGGGUGGAGACAUGGCCGAUGAUGUCAUCCCCGUGGCCCACUCUGGCCAUCAGUCAGCUGUACCUGCUCUUCCUGUGGGCGGGGCCUCGCUAUAUGCAGAACAGAGAGCCCUUCCAGCUCCGCAAGACCCUCAUCGUCUACAACUUCAGCAUGGUCCUCCUCAACUUCUACAUCUGCAAAGAGCUCCUGCUGGGCUCCAGAGCAGCAGGCUACAGCUACCUCUGCCAGCCAGUCAGCGACUCCAAGGAUGUCAAUGAACUCAGGAUAGCGUCAGCGCUGUGGUGGUACUACAUCUCCAAGGGAGUGGAGUAUUUGGACACGGUAUUCUUCAUCCUGAGGAAGAAGUUCAACCAGGUCAGCUUCCUCCAUGUCUACCACCACUGCACCAUGUUCAUCCUCUGGUGGAUCGGCAUCAAGUGGGUCCCUGGUGGGCAAUCUUUCUUCGGUGCUUCCAUCAACUCAGGUAUCCAUGUCCUCAUGUACCUGUACUACGGGCUGGCUGCCUUUGGCCCGAGCAUCCAACGUUACCUGUGGUGGAAGAAAUACCUGACUAUCAUUCAGAUGAUCCAGUUCCACGUGACGAUCGGCCAUGCGGCCCACUCCCUGUACACUGGCUGCCCCUUCCCCAGCUGGAUGCAGUGGACUCUGAUUUGCUACGCCGUCACCUUCAUCAUCCUCUUUGGCAACUUCUACUAUCAGACCUACCGCCGCAAACCACGCCACCCCGCCGCCAAGGCCGUCGCCAACGGCAACGUCUCCGCGUUAACCAACGGCGUCGGCAAGAUGGCCGACGAGGUCACUUCGGAGGAGAACGGGAAGAAGCACAAGAAAGGAAGAGCAAAGAGAGACUAGGGCCAAUACCAGGAGGAGAGGGGAGGGAUCUGUCUCGCCUGGACCAAUAAACACAGAGGAGGACCAGCCGGGGUGGGGUUUGAAGGCGGGGUUUGUGUAACUCCCACAGGUUAUGUUGAGAAUAUGAUUGAUUGACAGGAAGGGAAGAGGAUGUGUGUAGGUGGUGCUUCCGUUUCACCUGUUGUGUGUCGCACUCUCCCCUUUUUUCAGUACCAUGUGUACCCAACUGUGCAAUUUUCUUCAGUGUCUGUCUCUCUCUUUCUCUCUCUUUCUCUUUCUCUCUCUCUCUCUCUCUCUCUCUCUCUCUCUCUCUCUCCCUAUACACACCACAACACACAACAAACAUAUGCUCAAAUGUUGCAGAAACAAUAGAGAAAACACAACGGGAGUUAGGAAGAAUAUGAAUUUUCUCCUCUCUCUCUGUCUCUCUCUCUCUCUCCCUCUCCUUAUUCCUUUCUCUGUCAGUUCCACCCCUUUCCUCUCUUUUUGUACUUUUUUUUCUGCUUGUUUCAACCUUACCCCUUCUAAGGCCCCUCCCCCCAUCUAUUUACCCAUCUAUCUAAUGUUAGCAGCACCCUCUCUGCCUGGCUUUGCUUCAACACCACUCAAAGGGUACUAGGUUUGCAGGCGCUAGAUCAGGCUACCCUCUUGUGCUUUCAGCAGGAAUCUAAGCUCUCGUCUGUUUUUUGGGAGGUUAGGACAGGUCUACUGUUUGAUACCUACAGUAGACCUACUUGUGGCACCUAGCUGAUGAGUGCUGCUGUAUAAACUGCAAUAACAAAAAGAAAAAGCAGACGUUAUCAUGUUCAGUCUAUAAAUGUAAAACAAAAUGGUGGAUUGUACGUGUAUGGAGAAAAAAAAGGUGUAGCCACUAAAUUGGCCAUGUAGCUUACUACUGUCAGGAUUGAGAGAUGUCUUUGGCAACCCGAACACAGAACUCCCAACAGAUCUAUCUCAAAAUAAACAAAGAAAACAAGAUAUACAAUGAUGUAUGAUGCAGGAGAAACAGAAUCAGAGAUUUUUUGUGGGCCUCAAAAGCUGUGACCAAGGGAAAGGAGUAGAGCUGGAACUGUCUUGAGGCAAUUUUGCUGCCAAAUCACUAUAGAACUCGGUUAGGGAUAGAACAUUCCAGAAUAAAGAGCCUCCUGUGACAAAAGAAAAAAUGUUAACUUCAUUAGCCUCCCACAUAAGUGUGUGGUUUCAGUACUGGGGACCGUAUUUGGUACUGGAGUGCUUUAUAACUGGAAUAAAAUGGCAUUUGUCAACAAGAGAUUUCUGCUAAAUAUGGGCUGGGUCUCUUUCAGAUUUAGCCAUUUCCUAGGCUUCCCAUAUGAAAUGAAGUUAGCAUUUCCUAUUGUUAAGGGGAUGUUUAAUCUUUGUUAAUAUAUAUGAAGACAGGUAUUUAAAAAGCGCUAAAAACAAAUUCAUAUUGUGAAUGGAUUACAUGCAGGCUUUAUAGAAGGUUUUUUUAAAAAAAACAUCUUUUAAACGGCACAAGGUAAACAUGUUUUUUUUUUUGGUAAUAAAAUCAGUUUGUAGCCGUGACGUUAAACCCCAAAGAGCAGUUGAAUAUCGGAGCAUCUGACAAUAGCCUACUUGAUUUAGUACCUCAAGUCUCAUGUGUUAAUCAUUUGCAUUUGUGCUUGAUCAUGUAUGUAUUGCGGAAUGUGUGUAUGUGUGUGUGUGUGUGUGUGUGUGUGUGUGUGUGUGUGUGUGUGUGUGUGCACUAGUGCAUUCCUGGAAGAUUACAUGCAGGUAUUUCUGUGAGAGUUUUGUGAAAAAGUCACCUGUUGCCCACAGAGACUAAAAUUAGUAGCCUACUAACUAAAGGGCUUUUUAUUCAUGACAACACACACCAACAAACACACUCACACAUGGUUGCAGAUUAUACCAAAAUAAAGAAGAUGCCACAUC